AUGUCACAAGUGGACAGCUGCUUCCUGUUCAAAGACGCCAUCUCAGUGGGAUACUCCGGGAUCAGCUCGGUCUCUCACCUCCGCAAUGGGACCCUGGCCUUCCCGCUUCGACAGGGACCCCCACACGGACCUUCACAUGGAUUUCCACUCGGACCCCCGCGGACUCCCCACUUGAGCCUCAUCCCCAAACAGGAGCGCCUGGAGCCUGGGUCUUGCUCCGGAGAAGUCAGGGAGCCAGGACUGAACGGUUUCCCCAGGGACGAGAAGCCGACGGAGGGGAGCGAGGAUGAGACCACGGCCCCCAGGAAGAGGAGGGGGAGAAGGAAACUGGAGAGGCCCACCAAGUAUGUGGAGCACAAGGAGGAGGACGGAGCCGGGCCAGUCAAGAACGAGGCUGGUCGUGGGAGGAUGAGACGGGGAGUGGGUUGGGAGAUCAGCCUGAGACAGAGGCCUGUUCCCAGGGUCACCUUCCAGGCCGGAGACCCCUAUUACAUCAGCAAACGCACCAGGGAGGAGUGGCUCGCCAAGUGGAAGAUGGAGGCUGAGAAAAAGGCCAAACUGAUGUCCGCCAUAAACGCCAUGAAGGAUCCGGACGAGAAGGACCCGGAUCUGGAACCAGACCUGGACCCAGACUUGGACUUAGAACGGGACCUGUUUUUAAUCAAGCACCCACUGCCUUCAACCAGACCACCUCCUGCAGCACCUCCGCCGCUGCUGCCGCGACUCCAGCCUCAGCCCAAGCCUUCAGAGCCAUCCCCCAUGCACAGUCCAGGCCCCAAACCAGAUCAGGUCGAGCCUCAGAGCAGGUCUAAGGCCCAGGCCAAUACCCAGACCGUGGUGGAGCCUCAGUCCCCGCUGUCUGAGCCACCGGUGUUAGAAAAGCAGAACAUUUCAUCUCCUCCUCCAUCACAACAGCAGCCCACAGACCCAGCCUCCCCCUCUGUGGCCACGACUCCCAAACCAGGACCCAUGGGUGAGAAGACCUCCCCCAAGACCACGGAGACCGACCCAGAGUACGACGACGACGCCCGUGGCUUCAGUAUCGGGGACCUGGUGUGGGGGAAGCUGCGUGGGUUUUCCUGGUGGCCUGGACGCAUCGUGUCCUGGCUCCUGACGGGACGCAGCCGGGCGGCCGACGGCACGCGCUGGGUCAUGUGGUUUGGAGACAGCAAGUUCUCUGUGGUUUGUGUGGAAAAACUGAUGCCUUUAAGCUGCUUCAAAAAUGCCUUCCAUCAGCCGACAUACAACAAACAGCCCAUGUACCGCAAGGCCAUCUAUGAAGUACUGCAGAUGGCGAGCAGCAGAGCAGGCAGAUCCUUCAAGUCCUGCACCGACAGCGACGACCCUGAAUCCAAAUCUAUGGACGUCCUGAACAAACAGAUGAUCGACUGGGCCCUGGGCGGGUUCCUGCCUUCGGGACCCAAGGGCCUGGAGCCGGCUGAGGAGGAAAGAAGCCCAUAUAAGGAAGUGACCGAGGAAAUAUGGGCGGAGCCUGAGUCUGCCUUUGCCCCACCCCCUCCCAAGAAACAUAGGAAGAACAACUACAGCAGCCUCCUGGCGAAACACAAGACCAAAGAUCUGAUGGACGAGAGGACCAGAGAGCGACUGGUUUAUGAAGUCCGACAGAAAACCAGAACCAUCGAAGACAUGUGUAUUUCCUGUGGGAGUCUGAAUGUGUCUCUGGAACAUCCUCUGUUCUCUGGAGGAAUGUGUCACAGCUGUAAGAACUGCUUCCUGGAGUGUGCGUACCAGUACGAUGAUGACGGAUACCAGUCGUACUGCACCAUCUGCUGCGGAGGGAGAGAAGUGCUCAUGUGCGGAAACAACAGCUGCUGUCGCUGCUUCUGUGUAGAGUGUGUAGACCUGCUGGUGGGCCCCGGAGCGGCCCUGGCUGCCAUAAAGGAGGACCCCUGGAACUGCUUCAUGUGUGGGGCCUGUUCCCUCUGGGGCCUCCUGCAGCGACGCCAGGACUGGCCCUGUCGCCUACAGAGGUUCUUCGCCAACAACCACGACCAGGACUUUGCUCCUCCAAAGCUCUUCCCUGCUGUAACGGUGGAGGACAGGAAGCCCAUUCGAGUGCUGUCGCUGUUUGAUGGCAUUGCAACAGGGCUGCUGGUGCUACAGGAGUUGGGGAUCCAGGUGCAGAGGUACGUGGCGUCAGAAGUUUGUGAAGACUCCAUCACUGUGGGCCUCGUCAGACACCAGGGACAAGUUAUGUACGUGGGAGACGUCCGCACCAUCACCAGGAAACACAUCCAGGAGUGGGGCCCAUUCGACCUGGUGAUCGGAGGAAGUCCCUGUAACGACUUGUCCAUCGGGAAUCCGACUCGAAAAGAGGGGACGGGGAGGCUCUUCUUCGAGUUCUACCGUCUGCUUCACGAGGCGCGACCCAAAGACGGAGAUGACCGGCCGUUCUUCUGGCUGUUUGAGAACGUGGUUGCCAUGGGCGUCAGCGACAAGAGGGACAUCUCACGCUUCUUAGAGUGUAACCCUGUGAUGAUCGAUGCUAAGGAAGUGUCAGCGGCUCACAGGGCCAGAUACUUCUGGGGAAACCUGCCAGGGAUGAACCGGCCUCUGACGGCCUCCAGCUCAGACCACCUGGAUCUGCAGGACUGUUUAGAGCACGGACGCACAGCAAAGUUCAAUAAAGUGCGGACGAUCACGACUCGCGCCAACUCCAUCAAACAGGGAAAAGACCAACACUUUCCCGUCUUCAUGAACGACAAGGAGGAUAUCCUGUGGUGCACCGAGAUGGAGAGGAUAUUUGGCUUCCCCAUCCACUACACAGACGUCUCCAACAUGAGUCGUUUGUCCCGUCAGAGACUGUUGGGACGGUCCUGGAGCGUCCCCGUCAUCAGACACCUGUUUGCUCCUCUCAAAGAUUACUUCUCCUGCGCUUGUGUGGAUGAGGGCUUGGGGGGUGUAAGAAGGGGCCUGACUCCAUCUGCUGCGGAUCCUCCCUGGAAGUGCACCCGCGCAUCACCAGCCUCUACACCGGCCACACUGCAGCCCACACCCGGCCCUGGAGCCAGACCUGCCCGAGAGAGAGACCGGAGAGCAGCGCGCAUACCCCCCUUAAGAUCCCGACCCGUCGUCAUGUCCACAAACUCGACCCCAAUCGUUCGCGUCCUGAUAAAAGGUGGGAAGGUGGUGAACGAUGAUAUCACGCAGGAGGCCGAUGUGUACAUGGAGAACGGGAUCAUCCAGCAGGUCGGCAAGGAGCUGAUGAUCCCAGGAGGAGCCAAGGUCAUCGACGCCACAGGGAAACUGGUGCUACCAGGUGGCAUCGACACCAGCGUGCACCUGGACCAGACCUUCAUGAACGCCACCACAGCUGACGACUUCUACAGCGGCACCAAGGCGGCUCUGGCCGGUGGGACCACGAUGGUGAUCUCACACGUUUUGCCGGAGAAGAACGAGUCUCUGAUCGACGCGUACGAAAAGUGCCGCAGCUCUGCAGAUCCAAACGUCUGCUGCGACUAUGCUCUGCACGUGGGCGUCACCUGGUGGGGGCCCAAGGUGAAGGCGGAGAUGGAGCGGCUGGUGCGGGACAGCGGCGUGAACUCCUUCCAGAUGUUUAUGGCGUACAAAGACACGUUCAUGCUGCGCGACAGUGAGCUGUACCAGGCGCUGCAGCAGUGCAAGGACAUCGGAGCAGUGGCACGAGUACACGCCGAGAACGGAGAGCUGGUGGCAGAGGGGGCAAAGGAGGCGCUGGAGCUGGGCAUCACUGGACCAGAGGGCAUCGAGAUCAGCCGUCCAGAAGAGCUGGAAGCGGAGGCAACACACCGGGCCAUCACCAUCGCCAACAGGGCGCACUGCCCUGUUUACCUGGUGAACGUGUCGUGUGCGGCGGCCGGAGACGUCAUCUCCACGUCCAAGAUGCAAGGUAAAGUGGUGCUGGGGGAGACCACCACGGCCCACUGUGUCCUCUCUGGUCUGCAGUACUAUCAACAGGACUGGGCUCUGGCUGCAGCCCACGUCACUGUGCCCCCUCUGCGCCUGGACCAGGGCACCUCCAACGCCAUGAUGAGCCUGCUGGGGAGCGACACCCUGAACGUGCUGGCCUCAGACCAUCGGCCCUUCACCAUCAAACAGAAGGCCAUGGGCAAAGAUGACUUCACCAAGAUCCCCCAUGGUGUCCCAGGCAUCCAGGACCGUAUGAGCGUCAUCUGGGAGAGGGGCGUGAUUGGAGGGAAAAUGGACGAGAAUCGCUUCGUUGCCGUGACGAGUUCCAACGCGGCAAAGAUCUACAACCUGUACCCACGGAAAGGACGCAUUAUUGCAGGAGCAGACGCCGACGUCGUGGUGUGGGACCCCGAGGGAUCCAAGACCAUCUUGGCGGAGUCGCAGGUCCAGGCGGGGGACGUGAACCUGUACGAGGGUCUGCGUCUGCACGGCGUCCCCCUCGUUACCAUCUGCGGCGGGCGAGUCGUCUACGAGAACGGCAUGUUCACCUGCGCCGCGGGGGCAGGACGCUACACACACAUGAGGAGCUUCCCUGACGCUCUGUACAAGAAGAUGGUGCAGAGGCAGAAGUCCCAGGCGGUGAAGCCGGUGCAGAGGGAGCCGUACAGUGGGGAGGUGGUGGAGGUGCUGAACUCUGGGAAGAGAGACUUCGGGAGCUCAGACCUGGACACUCCCACACGGCCCAGCACCCGACACGGAGGACUGAGGGACCUACAGGAGUCUGGAUUCAGCCUGUCCGGAGCUCAGAUUGAUGACCACGUCCCCAAAAGGUCUUCGGCCCGAAUCCUGGCUCCUCCCGGCGGCCGCUCCAGUGGCAUCUGCGGCGUGCAGACGGGCGCAUGCGCACUAUACACGGGAGCGGCUCCUCUCCAAAGCGUCUCCAAAGGCUUCCCUUCGCGACGCACACGGCUUCAAACCUACACAAUGGCGGUGAACAUUCUAACCACGUCGGUGUCGGUGAACAACAUGAGCCGACACGACAUGCUGGCCUGGGUCAACGACUCUCUGCAACUCAACUACUCCAAGAUCGAACAGCUGUGCUCAGGUGCUGCAUACUGUCAGAUCAUGGACUAUCUGUUUCCUGGUUGCCUUCUGUUGAAGAAAGUCAAAUUUCAGGCCAAACUGGAGCACGAGUACAUUCAGAACUUCAAAAUCCUGCAGAAAGCCUUCCAGCGCAUGUCUGUGGAGAAAAUCAUUCCAGUGGAGCGGCUGGUGAAGGGCCGGUUUCAGGAUAACUUUGAGUUCGUACAGUGGUUCAAAACGUUCUUCGACGCCAACUACACAGGACAGGAGUACAACCCAGUGUCCGCGAGACAGGGGCAGGAAAUGACCCCUGCUCCAAACCCAGGACAGAGACCUCCCCCCACAGUGAAGAACAUGCCCACCCCUCAGCGUGUCCACUAUAACACCAGCAGGAACAACGUACCGCGGAACGGAGGCGACGCCGAGGUCAAACUCAAGGAGGAGUUGACGGAGCUUCAGACCAACGUGGAGGGCCUGGAGCGAGAGCGAGACUUUUACUUUGGGAAACUGCGAGACAUUGAGCUUAUCUGCCAGGAACACGCCAACGAACCCAUCAUGGACCAGAUCCUAGACGUGCUCUACGCCACCGAGGAAGGAUUCGCGCCUCCAGAAGAAGAGGCCAACCCUGAGGAAGAAUACUGA